AUGGGUUUGGAGCAUCAAUUUUGGGAGGAGCAACCUCCUCCAUAUUACAAUGAACCAUACCCUUCCCAAUAUGCAUACCCAAACCUAGGAUAUGGUGGAUUCCACUAUGAUUAUACACCUCCACCACCAUAUACCUAUGACCCCUACCCUCAACACAACCCUCAAUCACCAUAUUUUCAAACACCAUAUCAAUACCACCAUCCACCCCCUUAUACACCACCUCAAGAUGCCUAUCAACAUGAACUACCUUCCACAUAUACAACCUUCUUCCCUACCAAUGAACCUUUCCUUUCACACCAAUGUGAAACUUUCCCACCCUUGACCCAAGACCAUCAAGACCUUCAAGUUCUUCUCCAAGAGCAAGAAGGAUCCCAAAGAACUCAAAGGCGAAUCAUGGCUACCAUAGACGAAGCGGUAAACCGCUUAAUCCUCCUACGCUCAUCCGAUCAAGGCAUUCCUCUUGAGGAAUGUGAGGGAUCAACUAAAGCCUGUAGUGAAGAGAAGAGCGUGGAGCCACAAGGGGAAGAAGAAGGGUUAGAGCUUGAAGUGCAACAAGAGAAAGAUAGUGAAGUAUGUGAACCGGAGGAGAGAAGGGGAGAAUUGAGGGAGGUUGAUCAAUAUGAGGAUUCCAUUAUCAAUGAUUUUUUGUCCUCCUUGAUCAAUCCCCUUGAUUAUCCUAAUGAGCAUCUUCCCAUUGAGCUUGAAAAAGACAUGGAGGUAGACUUCUCACAACCUCCUUGUUGUGAUGUGAGUGAUGGAGAAGAGGAGGAAGAGGUUGGUAAGGAAGGAGUGGACAACCAAAAGCAUAUUGAGUGGGUGGCAAUUUCACCUAUAAGCUUUAUUGGCCCCCACCAAUAUGCUAUCUUAGAGUCGGGUUACCAACUCAAGGUCCCUCUUGGGUUGGUACAUGGUGGAGGAAGGAGUAGUGGUUGCUGA